AUUUUUAUAAUAUAUAUGUCUGUUGGUUGCAUCUAACUCCUGUGUGUGCAAUAAUGUUUUUUUCUCUUUGCUGAGGCUUACUUGUCCAGCCUAUUGUUUGAGACAACAGAUAUAAGUUGCGAUGGGAGAGGAGCGUCGGAUUUGGUGUGUAUCCCCCAUUUCCAAUUAUAGAUGGAUCAUUACAGACAGCGGAGUCCUGAGAAGCCAGACAUCUGCUCCUCACAUGAAUGCACUCACCUCCUAGAGACCAGGCUGCCAUCAUGCUCUGGAAGCUCGUGGAGAAUGUCAAGUACGAAGAUAUCUACGAGGACCGGCACGAUGGCGUCCCGAGCCACAGCUCGCGGCUUUCUCAGCUGGGCUCGGUGUCCCAAGGACCCUACUCGAGCGCCCCGCCGCUGUCCCACACCCCGUCGUCGGACUUCCAGCCGCCCUACUUCCCACCCCCCUACCAGCCGCUCCCCUACCACCAGAGCCAGGACCCCUACUCCCAUGUCAACGACCCCUACUCCCUGAACCCAUUGCACCAGCCCCAGCAGCACCCCUGGGGGCAACGGCAGCGGCAAGAAGUGGGUUCGGAAGCCGGCUCGCUCCUGCCCCAGCCUCGGGCCGCCUUGCCUCAGCUCUCGGGCCUUGACCCCCGGAGGGACUACCACUCGGUCCGCCGGCCGGACGUGCUGCUGCAUUCGGCGCACCACGGCCUGGACGCGGGCAUGGGUGACAGCCUCUCGCUGCACGGCCUCGGCCAUCCCGGAAUGGAAGAUGUCCAGUCAGUUGAAGAUGCCAAUAACAGCGGCAUGAAUCUAUUGGACCAGUCUGUCAUUAAAAAAGUUCCGGUUCCUCCCAAAUCGGUGACUUCUCUAAUGAUGAAUAAAGAUGGUUUCCUGGGAGGCAUGUCGGUCAACACCGGCGAGGUGUUUUGCUCGGUCCCAGGCCGUUUGUCUCUGCUCAGUUCAACUUCAAAGUACAAAGUAACUGUGGGAGAAGUUCAGAGACGGCUGUCGCCCCCUGAAUGCCUCAAUGCAUCUCUCCUCGGUGGAGUCCUCAGAAGAGCCAAAUCGAAAAAUGGGGGGAGAUCUUUGCGAGAAAGGCUAGAAAAAAUCGGUUUGAAUUUACCCGCGGGCAGGCGCAAAGCAGCAAAUGUCACGUUACUCACCUCCCUGGUGGAAGGAGAAGCUGUUCACUUAGCUCGGGAUUUUGGGUACAUUUGCGAAACAGAGUUUCCUGCCAAAGCCGUCUCUGAGUAUUUGAACCGGCAGCACACAGACCCGAGUGACCUGCACUCCCGAAAGAAUAUGCUGUUGGCUACCAAGCAACUUUGUAAAGAAUUUACGGAUCUGCUGGCGCAGGACCGGACACCGAUCGGGAACAGCCGACCCAGCCCCAUCCUGGAGCCGGGAAUCCAGAGCUGCCUCACGCACUUCAGCCUCAUCACGCACGGCUUCGGCGCCCCGGCCAUUUGCGCCGCGCUCACGGCCCUGCAGAACUAUCUCACCGAGGCGCUCAAAGGCAUGGACAAGAUGUUCUUGAACAACACCACCACUAACAGGCACACGUCUGGGGAAGGCCCAGGUAGUAAAACUGGCGACAAGGAGGAGAAACACAGGAAAUGAAAAAUUUAAAAAAAGAAGGAAAAAUGUUUUAAAUACAAAAGGAAAAACAAAAAAUUUAAUUUUAGCUUUAAAAUACUGGAUUGGCUUUGGAAGAAUUAUAUUAGGUAGAAUACACAUACAAUCAAAAUUUUAAAAAAGCUAAAUAACUUAAAAAAAAAAAAAAAACUGAGGCGUACAACGGAGCAACAAUAUCGGUUCUCAGUGUCUAUUUCAAGAUACACUUGGAGACAACCGUCCGGAUUUUCCACUUCGGUUCUUUCGAGCUUAGUAAUACUGAUAAUAAAAGAAAACCAUGAUUUCCCCUUCCCUUUGGAAAAUAAACAUAAGACUAAACAUGAGAAAAACGCUAACUUAUUGGAAGAAAAUCGGAGAAACGUUGGUUUCAGUGCUUUGAGAGCUGGUUGACUGAGACGCACGAACUUUUUAAUUUUAAAUAUUUUUUUUAGGAAACUCUCUCGCAGUCCCCGCCCUCCAUCUCACCUCACCCUUCUCCCAGCCACCCUUUUCCUCGUCACCCUCCCUUCCUCACAUUGUUACGGGAAUCUUCUGGGAGGAAAAUGAGUGUGGUUGGUCCUUUUGCUUGGUUUCAGUCCUCUCUUUACCCCUCCCACCCCGCCCUGCGAUCCUAACUCACCGGGCCUGGCUCCCCGGCUGCUUGCAUAAUUAGGGAGGGCGAGGGCGGGGAGGGAGGCCUGCGGAGACUAGGCGGAGGCUGCAGUUUUUGGUGCCGACCGGCCGAGCAGGUUCUGGCGGCUAAGGAAAAUCCGGACCAAUAAGUUGAUUCAGACUCAUCAUCAGUUCCUUUCAGAAAUGUUACUAUCUCCCAGCCUUGCCAGCAUCUGCAUACAGAGAAUCUCACAUUUGUUAUAUUUGUGUCAUCUACCAAUUUUAUGAACUAUAGUAAAAAAAAAAAAAAAAAAAAAACCACACACAAUAUGAAUACGUUGAUUAGUAUGUAAUUUCUUCGGAGGGGUAUGUACCAUUUCAUUCUCUUCUGUUUUCCAAAGCUUUGCCCGCAUGGUUUAUGAGCUUCUUCAAAGAGGACUUGGGCUUCCUACACAAUCUAUAAGGUACAGAGAAAAAAAUCGGAUCCCUUUUUAAUCAAAGCCUGUGUGUCAGAAUUCUGCAGGUGCACUUCUUUAAAGAAGCUCAAAGGGAAUAAUUUAGAAAGUGGCCAAUAUGAUGGAAGCAGCUUUGAAUCUACAUGCUAACGUUCCUCAACACUCGAAUUCCGGUGGGGGUGGCGGGGGGAGGGGGGCUGCAAAAUGAAUUUUAAGGGAAAAGAGUGAGGAUUCUUAGAGCCCUAUAUUCUAAUAGUAUUGCCCUGCAUUUAAAAUUGAUUUGAUUUCCCUGGGUUCUUUGGUGAUUGCUGUUUAAACGAGGAAAGAAGCAGCUUUGCGAGUGAAUGUGGGGAGGAGGGUGGCACAAGCUCUCACAUUUCUGUAACAAUUGCUUUCUUACAAGAUGCUUUAUGAAUGAGGCAUUUUUUUUUCCUUCCCAGACGUGCACUUGUUUCGGCAUAUAAUGGCAAAAUAAUGCAAAGUGAAAGGAGAUGUAUUUCAGCUUUGAUUUUUACCGUCUGGAUACACUGGGACUAUUCCCAGUAGAUAAAGUUUCAUGCAUUUAAUAUUUCUCACUUCUGGCAGCCCAGCUUCAUACUUGGGCUCCAUCUUAGCAUUAUCAUGAAAUAUGAUGUGGAAUCCAUUGUCUGCACCUUUCCAAAAGCUGUGAGAAAUUAUCCCGGGAUGGGGGUGAAUGAGAGAAGUCUCUAAAUACAGUGUAGAUACACUCACCUAUUUAACAAAAUAGACAGGAUCUUUACAAUACCCCUUGAAGAUAACGAUAUAGAUGUUGUUCUACAGGAUUUAUAGUUAGGACCCACUAAGUUCUCCCGGAUUUUCAGUUUUGCACCUCUCCUGGUUUUCCUUCGUGGGGGUGGGGACUGGGGAGGAUUGGGAGGUUGGGGUUAUAGGAACCUGCUGGGUGGGUGCUUUGCCAGUUUUUAUUAAGAGAGGAUGGGGAAGUUAAGAAGCUGCUCUCACGUCAGCAAAAGGGCCCAAGCAACUGUUGGGGCCACACUGCAGCCCAUCUUCAGCCCCUAGGUUCGUUUGGCACCUCUGAUCUUCAGGGCCCAGCCCUAGACCUGUUGAGAGGAAUACAAUGGCCAAGAACUAGACGUAAUGGAGAGUGUAACCACUCUCUUUUCCCAGCUCAGAGGACUGUGCCUUCGUCCGAGGGCCUGGCCACUCGCAUUAGAUGUGUUCUAAUUGCACAAGGCCAGGAGAGACCACACUGAAAACGAUCGUCUCCUUUCCUUGCAGGGCAACGCGCCCCACGCGUGUGACGUGCGAGAGACGCGAUGGACGCGCCUUGCUCUAACUGUGCAGGUCCUGAGGGCGUGUGGGCCACAGGCGCCCAGUCGUGUUGAGGACGUAGAAUCAGCCGCUGGAGGGGCUGCCGGCUGCGCGGGCCCUUCCGGCUCUCGGUCUCACCCUAAGGGCUAAGGCGACCGAGAAAGCCCCACUCUCCAGUAGGUAAUGGGGCGGCGCCCUGUGGGCUGCAGGUGGGGAGGGCUCCCAGCGCUGCCAGCGGCCACUCCGGGCGCUGCUCCUGGAGGGAAAGUGGUCUAGAAAUAUCCAAGGAAUCCGAAGCUUUCCCCUUCUCCACCUCUGCCAGUACGGAACCACCCCACUAUCACAAUCCUAAAGCGGGGAAAUGGGAUGGGAAUUGUCUUACUUGGCAAGGCAGGCUACCUUCAUUGGCCUACGCCCUCAUUUGUGUGUUCUUCCCUGCUCCAGCAAGACAGAACCUUUUGCGCCCCACCCCCAGCCUCCUGGUUGCUGGAGUGAGCCCACUACCCUUUUUCCUUCCCUCACUUCUCCUUUCAUGCAGGUCCCCCGCCCCCUUGCUUUAGUUAGCCAGGGCAGCUACGUUUAUCUUAUAAUUGAGUUAUUAAAAGAUUUGGUUUCCUUGGGCCUAUAAAUCAAUAAACAGUAGGAUUAACGCAAUAGUUUGCCUUUUAAGUCGAGGGAAACGUUUAAGGAAGAUCCCUUUGAGCUUUGUUUUCAAACCAAACAGGUGAGUUGCAGCUCUUUCCCUGACCCCUGCACUCUUCAGACAUUUGGCCCCUGCCAGUGCCAACUCCUAAAUGCUAAGUCCCAAAACAAAAUAGAGAAAGACAGGAAGAGUUAGGAUGGGGCAGUGCUGCCUUCACAUUUUCCACUUCGCAAGUUCUUUUAAAGGUUCCAAAGAUCUCCAAACCAUUCUCUGCCCAACCCUGCUGCCUCCUACACUUAUUGUGGGUCUCUGGGGAGUAAGAAGUGUGCCCUUUGGGUAAGGAUUCCAUCAUCUAAAAAGAUCUUUACCUUGUCCCCCAAAGUGGGAAGGUAACUUUCUCCUCUUCCCACCACCUUCACUCCCACAUCACCAAUUACCCUGCGUUUUCUUUCCUUCUUUCUGGCCUCCACACCCAUAGCUUUCUCCACCCCCCCCCCCUCCACCCCCCCACCCCCCACUUAAGGAACGGAAGCGGCUUUCAAAGACCUGGCUGCAUUGUUUUCUUUGACCAAGGAAGCCACUUUCUCUCAAGCAAUUAUUUCAUGUCCUAUGAAAACUUUGGUCGAAUAGAAAACUCGAAACCCCGAACUUAUCUACACACUGUUCCUCUGCUACAAGGCGUUCCUAGUUAAGAGUGUUUAUAGAUAAUUUUUCGUCACAACUGAUAAUCUAUACUUGUAAUACAUUAUGUGGAAAGGAAAUAACCUUAUACCAUCUGAUGUUGCCUCAAAAGCCCAAACAGCGUUUCCCCUCCUUUGCCGAUGUAUGUGAAAUUACUGGCAAAAAAAAAAAAAAGUAUCGAAAAAAACCCGUUUUUUAACGGAAUGAUCACUAUCCUUCCUUAAAUGCCAAAAUCGACUCCUCUUUUCAGUUGAUCUCUAAUUCUCUAACAUUGUUUUUGCCACACAAUCAAGAAAUAUCAAUCUAUUGACUCUUCACAAGAAGAGCUCUGGAGGGUAUUCAUGUUAAGUUUGUAUAUAUUUAUUUAUGCUUAAUUUAAUGGGAAUGUGUAAAUAUGGCGAGCAAGUAGUUUGGGAUUAUUUAUCUGUGAAUCUAUACCUCUGUGAAUGGGUGGUUAAAAAAAAAAAAAAAAAACCGCUUGACCCUAGGUAGAAUCCUAUCUGAAUUUUUCUGUUCUUUAUAAACAAGCUGUUAUGGUAAUGGGUAGAAAUUGGUUUAUUGUCCAGUGUUAAUCUGAUUUACAUAAAUAAAAAGAUUGUUGUGUUUU